GCCCGGCUCGGUGAGCGCGGCCGCGGGGUCCUCCCGGACCGGCGGGGCUCCCUGCGGGACCCGCGGGCGCAGGCGUUGGUUCAGCUGGGGCGGGCACGGAACGGGCCAGGGCCGGGCGGCCGCGGGGAGCCCCGCGGGGCGGCCGUAAUGGAACAACCACAGGAUCCAGUUACACAAGAAGAUGCAAAUAUUAAAGCUAUUAAUGAAGAGUACAGGAAAGCCUUUAUUUUUAUCAAUAAAGGAUUGAAUACAGAUGAACUGGGUCAGAAGGAAGAGGCAAGAAGUUACUAUAAGAAGGGGCUUGACCACUUGCUCCGAGGAGUUAGCAUUCCAUCAGAGGGUCCUGCCUGUGUAGGGUCCCAGUGGGAGUCUGCCAGGCAAAUGCAGCAGAAGAUGAGGGAGACCCUGCAAAACGUUCGUGCUCGACUCGGCAGCCUAGAGCAAAACACCCCACCAGUACAAGCAAGUCCUGCUACGAUGGAUGCCCCUGCUGGGGUGCCCAGGUUAUACCCAUCCAUUCCAUCCAAAGAAAAGCCAGAAAGACCUCCUGCUCCUAAUUAUCUGUUUGCACCAAGUCAGCCAUCUGCACCAGAUGGAAGUGUUGCAGCUGUGAGCCAUGGGCAAAUUCCAGCUAUGAGUCCAUCCUCAGGAAAACCUCUCUAUCUGCCAAAUGAAGCACCUCCUGCCUAUACUCCUCAAGCUACCAAUGGCCAUUUUACUGUGUCUUAUGGCACAGACUCUGGGGAAUUUUCUUCUGUUGGUGAGGACUAUUACAAGUGCACUCAACCACCUCCCCUGGAAAACCUGGGAGUGGAUGCAGAUGAGCUGAUCUUGAUUCCCCAGGGAGUACAAAUAUUUUUUGUGACUCCUGAUGGGCAGGUUAGUGCUCCUUCGUAUCCUGGAUAUCUACGCAUUGUGAAGUUCUUGGAUACAGAUAGUGAAGCGGCUCAGAAUCGUCCACCUGCAUUUCUUCAGGUUUGUGACUGGUUGUAUCCUCUGAUGUGUAACCAGUCUCCUGUUCUGUGCUGCAGUACUGGAGUCUACAUGUUCCCUGACACAAUGUCCCAGAUACCAGGGUCCUAUGUAGGAGUAGUGCUGUCUUCAGAACUUCCAGCAGCUGACAGAGAGCUGUUUGAGGAUCUCUUAAAACAGAUGUCUGACCUUCGAAUCCAGGUGCCAGGAUCCCAUGAGAGAUUAGGGUUAUCUUCAGAGCUCCCAGCAACUGAGAGAGCGCAUUUUGAAGAUAAAUUUAAACAGAUGUCUGGCCACAAAGUCCAGCCUUCAGAAGCCUCUAGUGAUGCAGUUAACUUGCCUCAGACUGUACAUAUCCAACCACAACCCGAAGGAGCAAAAGAUCAGAAAGAGUUACCAGAAUGGAGUGAGAAGGUUGCCCAUGGCAUCUUGUCAGGUGCAUCUUGGGUAAGCUGGGGCCUAAUGAAAGGAGCAGAAUAUACUGGUAAAGCUAUUCACAAAGGAGCUUCUAAACUGCGAGAACACAUUCAACCAGAAGAAAAACCUGUAGAAGUCAAUCCAACUGUAGCAAAGGGACUUCAUGUAGCAAAACAGGCUACUGGAGGAGCAGUGAAAGUCAGCCAGUUCUUAGUUGAGGGAGUGUGUUCUAUAGCGAGCUGUGUCGGAAGGGAGCUGGCUCCACAUGUGAAGAAGCAUGGCAGCAAAUUAGUUCCAGAAUCCCUUAAGAAAGAUAAAGAUGGCAAAUCCACUUUUGAUGGUGCUCUGGUUGUAGCAGCAAGUGGAGUUCAAGGGUUAUCAACAGUGUGGCAAGGUUUAGAAAGUGCAGCGAAGUGCAUUGCUAAAAGUGUUUCAACUGAGACUGUAAAAACUGUCAAAUACAAGUAUGGAGAGGAUGCUGGCCAUGCUACAGACAAUGCUAUGAAUUCUGCAAUCAAUGUUGGUGUGACAGCAUUUAACAUUGAAAAUAUCGGUAUCAAAGCUGUUGUAAAGAGAACUGCAAAGGAAACUGGCCAUGCUGUGCUGGAUGAAUACAAAGUAUUGGAUAAUGAGAAGAAGGAUAAAAAAUGAAAGCAAUUAAAUAUUUCUCAAAGCCUUACAUUAGAGAUGAAACUUCCUAUUUAUAAGUAACUACAUUGCUCAUCUGCAACUGAACAUAAAUCACACUGUACUUUUCAAGCAACUGUUACCUAAUUUGACAUGAAAAUGUAAAAAUAGGGAGAGCAUUCGUAGAAGGAAAAAUGAAAGUUGUCAACUCGAUUUAAAACAACUGGAUCAGGGCUUUAGGCAGCUGGAGGAUUAUCAGCUUGCAGUUCAUAUUCUUGCCUCUGUAAGCACUUUUUCAAAAUAAUAUAUGGAAUAAUAGAUUAAAUAGUAAUAUUACUGUGAAUAUUUUUGUAACACUUUAUAUUUAUAAAGAAGGUGGUGAUACUGAAAAAGUAGGAUUACUAAUUCUGGAACAAGUAGAAUUAUUAGUUUUGGGUUUAUAACGAUCCUUGAGUUAGUUUUACUAACCUAGCCUUGUCUUAUUUAAUAUGCACUACUAAAAUAAGCAUUGUGUUUCAUUGUUUUAUAGAGAAUUUAUCUUUUCAGCUACUAAACAGCUAAUCUUAUCUGAAGUUCAUGGUAGGAGAAAUGAAAGAUGAACCUCAGGCAGUUAUUCCCUUAUAAACUUUUUUUUUCAUCCAGCAUAUAAGUAAACCAAAGAUACCAACCAUUUCUUUUAAAAGAGAGUAUUUACAGCUCUAGAAAAAUGCAUUUUCUACUUGAGUCCAUAUGGAAUAUACAAAGAUUAUUUGAAAUUCAGAUUUUUAUGUAGAGAGGAGAUGUAUGUUUUUGCAUAAAUUAUUUUUCUGUGAAAAUAUUCUGUAGAAGGCACUGGGAACUUUUGUGCAUUCUGUACUUUGCAGGCAAUCUAGAAAGAUUUAUAUUAUAUAUUAUGGCCUCCUAAUGGAAGACAGUAUGUAUUUGAACAAAUAGUUCUAACAGUCAUCAUCUUUAUUCCAUUAAAUUCAUAGUUGCACAACGGUAUGAAAUCUUUAAAAAGGGUAUAAAGGCAAGCCCUUUUAAUGGAGAAAGGUGUGUAGAAUAGACACUACUGUGUAGAUUUGCAAUCCUGUUUGUAGCACAGUGUAAAACAACUCAGUAUGUCAAAUCCUUGAGAUGCUUUGGCACUGCUACUUAUUUAACAGUUCACUAUUGAGUUUUAAAGCUGCUGCACAUUCUGAUAUUGGCUGUACCUGCAACAAACAGAAUGCCAUCAAUUUACAACUUAUUUCCAUUUCAUGUGAAUGGAGAAAUAUCUAAAUGGUUGUUAGCAAGUGAUAUUUGUAUCAGAUAAAAAACCCCACAGUAACAACUAAUGUCUAUUAAAAUGGUAGUAGGUGCACAUUUUGUGGUAGCUGCUGUAGGGUGAGAAAUGUGAAACAAAGGAUCUAACCACUUGAAGUCUAACUUUGAUUAAUGGAAAUAAAGAUGAAAUUAAAAUUG